CCCUGUCACAGCUGACUGACGUCUCUUUAUUUCAGUAUUUCUCCUCCCAUAUGCAGUUCCUGCUUUCAUUUUUUUAAAUAUUUUGUCCCAUUAGAAGAAAGUGUUUACUAGCUGCAGCUAAGACACCUACAAGAGACGAGGCUGAGAUCAGUGAGGGCUCUGUCACAAGAUAAUGGAGCUCAAUCUGAUCCUUCUCACUUUUGGUUUCAUCCUGUCCAAGACCAAAGCCACUGACCCUGGAAUAAAGGGCAGGCUGACCAUGAAGGGACUGCAGUACGGAUGGCAGGUGGGUUUAGAGGAGAUGCACAAGCGACUCGAGACCGUUCACAUCCCUGACGUCAGCGGCUCCGUCUCUGUUGCUGUUCUUGGACGCAUUUACUAUUAUGUAACAGAGUUAAAGAUAAAGAACCUGGAUCUCUCAGCUUCAGAAAUUUCAUUCGCUCCAGACACCGGAGUUAACGUCUCCAUUAACAACGGGGAAAUCCACGUGACAGGACAUCUGAGAAUAAAGACAGUGCUCUUCUCCGCAUCAUCCUGGCUGGAGCUCCAAGUCCAAGGUCUGACUCUUAAUGGAGUUCUGGGGAUCACAUGUGAUGACACAGGACAUGGAGCCGUGUGGAACGCCGGGUGCUCCUCCUCUGCCAAAUAUGUCAACCUGCAGUUCCAUGGUGGAGCAGGAUGGCUAUUUGACAUGUUCAAAGAUACAAUUGUGGAACCCAUACAUGAUGCUCUACAUAAGCAGAUUUGUCCUGCGUUUUCAAAUGCAGUUGAAAAUAUGGAGAAAACUCUGAGCAACUUCCCAGUUUCCUUAAAUGUGGACAUGGUUUCCUUAUUUGAGAUCUCGUUGCUGGGUCCUCCACUCAUCACAGAGAAGAGGUUUGAUCUCCUGGUAAAGGGUGACUUUGUGGAUCGGUCUCAUCACUGGGAUCUGCCAUUUCCUCCAGAGAAGCUUGUCCUGCCAGACGUCGACUCCCGCAUGUUACUCCUGGCGCUGUCCGAAUUCACUGCAAACUCAGCCGGGUUUGUCUACUAUAAAGCGGGGGCGCUGAGGAGUAAUGUCACUGAUGAGAUGAUCCCGAAGCAAUCUCCCCUGCGCCUGAAUGUGAAGAGUCUAGCCAUGUUUGUGCCAGAGCUCCCCAGCCAUUUCCCCGACUCUCCGCCAAUCGUCCUCCAGGUCUCUGCCCGAUCAGCCCCGACCGUUACCUGCCAGCCAGACUCUCUAACCGUUCAGGCUUCUGCAGACAUCCAGGCCUUUGUCACGUAUCCAAACCAGACGUGGCUCCCUAUUUUCCAGAUACAGGCUGAUUCAUUGACGGCGGUUAAUGUGGUCUUAUCUAAUGAUACGCUGGGAGCAACCAUAUCCGUAAAAAACUUUUCGCUGACGCUGGUUCAUUCCAAUGUGGGUCCUAUCAAGAUGGAUGCUCUGCAGAAAACUCUAAGUUUUGGCCUGAAAAUAAUGACCCCAGUCCUGAAUGAGCGACUCAAGAAAAUGAUCCCACUGCCAACACCUCUGGUCCGUCUCCAAGACCCCACCGUUCGUGUGCUGCAGGGAUAUUUGGUCAUCAUGACUGAUCUCCAAGUGACUCCAUUCUCCCACCAUGUCAUGAAGCCUUAAAAUCAGCUUUACCACCAGAGGUUCGCCGUGCUUUGAGCUGCAGCUCUCAGAUUUGAUAAAGAUAUUGUUGGAUAACUGACAGUGGAGAAUCAGUGUACCGCAACUGUGAUCAUCAUCAGAUUAAGGGAUUGUUCACACAAACGUGCCGUAUUUUGCGGUCCGCAAAUUGUGGAUCCAAAAAAACAUGGAUGCCGCCCGUGUGCCUUUUGAAAUUUGCGGAACGGACGGCCCUUUAUAGAAAUGCCUAUUCUU